AUGAAUAAACUUCGAGAAGUUUUCAUUGCACCAAAUGAGUUGAACGUAAUACCCGGUGCUAAACCACAAUCAACUUUAAUGUCCAUCUUGGUAGGGUUAUUUGCUGCAGUUGGUGGAUUCAUAUAUGGUUAUGACACGGGUAUAAUAAAUUCAAUAGCAGAAAUGGAAUAUGUACGGCAGCAAUUUGCUUCAAAUGGUCAAUAUUUCACAGCAAAGGAAACUUCAUUAAUCACUGCAAUUUUAUCCUUGGGAACUUUUUUUGGUGCUUUAUUAGCUCCAUUCACUUCAGAUAGUAUUGGACGUCGUUAUACCAUUAUAUUUUCAUGUUUUUUAGUGUUUAUAGUUGGGAAUAUUUGUCAAAUUGCUGCAACUGGUAUUCCUUUAUUAUGUAUUGGAAGAUUUAUAACUGGGCUUUCUGUUGGGUUAAUAUCGGCAGUUGUCCCAUUAUAUCAAGCUGAAGCUUCACCAAAAUAUGUUCGUGGUGCUAUUAUCUCAACUUAUCAAUGGGCCAUUACUUGGGGUCUGUUGAUUUCAAGUGCUGUUUCGCAAGGGACUCAAGAUAAACACGAUUCUUCAUCAUAUAGAGUACCCAUUGGUAUACAAUUUUUUUGGUCGCUAGUUUUAGGAACUGGUAUGAUUUUCUUACCAGAAUCUCCAAGAUUUUGGAUAUUGAAAGAUGAUUUAAAUAAAGCUGCUUAUUCAUUAUCUAUUCUGAGAAGAGUUCCACCUGAUGAUCCUGGAUUAAUUGAAGAAUUAGUGGAAAUUAAGGCAAGUUACGAUUAUGAAAAUUCAUUUGGUUCUUCAUCUUUCAUUGAUUGUUUUAGAGAUGGUGAAGGUCGUCCCAAGCAAUUGAAAAGAAUGAUUACAAGUGUUACACUUCAAGCAAUUCAACAAUGUUCAGGUAUAAACUUCAUUUUUUAUUAUGGGGUUAAUUUUUUCUCCAAAACUGGUGUUUCUCAAUCUUAUUUAAUUUCAUUUGUCACAUAUGCUGUUAAUGUUCUUUGUACAGUACCGGGGAUCUUAUUAGUUGAACUAAUUGGUCGUCGUAGAUUAUUAAUUGGUGGUGGUACAAUUAUGGCUGUUUCAAAUUUUAUCAUAGCUAUUGUUGGUAUUACGACAAAUUCUAUUGUUGCGAAUAGAAUAAUGAUUUCAUUUGUUUGUAUAUUUAUUGCAUCUUUUGCCGCAUCAUGGGGUCCAACUGUUUGGGUUUGUUCUGGUGAAUUAUUUUCAUUAGGUGUUAGAGGUCAAUCAGUUGCCUUGGCUGCUGCAACUAACUGGUUGGUUAACUUUGUUUUUGCUUAUAUUACACCAUAUUUAGUUGAUACAGGUCAACAUACAGCCGCUUUAGGGACUAGGAUCUUUUUCCUUUGGGGUGGUUUGAAUUUUGUCGGUGUUGUGUUUGUUUAUUUUAUGGUUUAUGAAACUAAAGGAUUGAGUUUAGAAGAAGUUAAUGAAUUAUAUAGAAAUUGUUCAAGUGCAAGAUCAUCAAGAAAAUAUAAAGAUAAAGUUCAUGUACCAAGAAAUGAUGAUACCAUGAAUGCUACAAAUUCUGAUCAUCAAGAUGAUGAUAAUAAUAAUACUGAAUUACAAAACAUGACAAAUAUUCCAGAUGAGAAAAAAGUGGAAAGUUCUUCAAAUACUUCAGAUACUGCAGAUUCACCAGGUCCACACUCUAGUGGUGAUCCAACUUCAAACCAGCAACAUCAAGAUCAUCAACAAUUUCAACAACUACCAUUACCAUCACAACACUUCCAUCAAGCACGUCCUCAACAAAAUCAUCCUGGAUAUCAAAUAGAUUUCGGUUAUGGUUUAGGAUUAAAUGGACAACAAAGGGGACCACCUUCUUUAGCAUCAGGUUCAGAUUCUGAUACAGACUCAGAUUUUAAUGAUCAUGAAGAUGAGGAUCGGACUCAGUAUAGUUCUUUAUCAGAAUAUGUAUCAAGGUUAAGUUCACUGAGUCAAAGACGUUCUUCAAAUCAAACUGGUGUUACUUCAAAUACUGUUCAUUCUAGAAAUAUAAUGGAAAACAGUAGCAAUAAUGAUGCUAUUGAGGACCAGCAACAACAACAUCACCAUCAACAGUCACAACAAAAUGAUGGAUUAACUAACAGCAAUGAACAAACAAGCAAUAUACACAAUCCGGAACCUGAGGUGUCAGAUCAAAGCUCAACCAACUCAUCGAUAUUUGAUCAAUGA